GCAGAUUAUUUAAAUUGUCUUUGGUUUUUAAUAUUUUUUGUAAAUUUUUGACAUUGUACAUUUUCAAAGAGAAUAUAUUAUGAUCUGGCAGAUGCUUUGUUUAUGUUAUAUGUCAAUUUUAAAAGUGUGAAAUGCAUAUUACGUUGUUUAUUUUGGAGUAUUUUAUUUUAGGAAAUGCAUUUGGAGAGAUUAUGAAUAAAACUAAACCAAUAGAUUACUGUGCCCAUCCUCAUUGUUCGAUGAGAAACCAACACACAAUGUGUGUAGCAACGAGGAAAAUUAGCGGCCGGCUUUAUGCCUCCGGCAUGACCACGUGGAUGCGCUACCAGCUGCUGCUGCUGCACAACCGGCACCGCGAUAAUGUGGCCAUGGGCCUGGACCCUGGCCAGCCCCCCGCAGCCAACAUGCGCAAGAUGUACUGGGACUACGAGCUCGAGGAGAUGGCCGAACUCUGGGCGAGGCAAUGCCAGAAAAGACACGACGAAUGUAGAAAUACCUUCCGAUUUAAUGUUCUUCAAAACAUGGAUGUCCGACCUGUCGUCGCUAAGAUGACACAAGCACAAUUGCUGGCAGAUGCGGUUGACGCUUGGUUUUCAGGUUCGAGGGUUUUACCUCAAGAAAAUAUUUGGUCCUUUAAACUUACCAACUGUAGUGCUUCAGGUGGAUGUAAUUCCCACUGGUAUUCGGCCGCGGCGUGGGCAUCUACGUGGCGCGUAGGUUGUUCCCAAGCACUUUGUACAUUAAGAGCGCGCACUUGUGCUGUUUUUCGCAAACGUCGACGUAGUGACACAAAGUUUUUGCAAUCGCCUAGGAAUGUGUCUCGAACAACUUCAAGAGAAAAUUUAUUGCGCAGAACGAAGUACAUGACACAGGCGUCGGAAAGUAAACAACAUUUUAACGACUUUUCUACUAUGUCAAGUACGGAGGUACCCCCGCUGCAUCGAGGCGUUCUCGAAUUCGCUAGGAGAGCUCAAGGAGAGCCUAAAAUUAUGGCUUAUACAUUUUGUAACUAUGGACCGGCUGGGAAUAUUGAGGGUUUUCCGAUUUACAUGAGCGGGAAGCCCUGCAGUCGCUGCCCGCCCGGCACGCGCUGUGGCGACCGAACGCACCGUGCCCUGUGCACCGUUCAUAACGAUCCCGAUAUCUAAAAUUUUUAUAACUCGGCAUUUUCAUAUUUAAAUUUUAGCAUUAGAAAUAGAUUGGACGAGAAUGCUAUAAAUAAAUAUAUGGGAACACUGUAAUAUAUAACAUUUACUUUUAUUACCCUGCUGCUGUGCUUAACUAUAACUACGAGUAUAAUAAAUACGUUCUUAUUGUUACAGUCAUUACAUAAUUUUGAGUAGAUUCAAUUGGGUAAAUGAGCCAUCCAUUAUAAAAAAGUGGAAUUUAAAAAAUUAUAUUGAGAUUAUAAAAAAAUACCUACAAAGCUCCGAAGUCACAAAAAAUUUUUUUUUUGUCUUUUAAAAAAUAGAAAAGAAAAUGGUACCAUUCGAUUCCUUACAUUUUAUUGAAAAAUAAAUUGUAAAACAACUAUACACAUAAACGCAAUAUUUCAGGGUCAAAAUGGCAAUUUCCUUGAUCUUCCACCUUAUCAUUUUGUUAGAGGCGUUUCAAUCGUCGACUGCGAGCGUCAGACUUUAACUCUCAUUUCUGACCUUUGUGUUGCUUAAAUGCCAUGAGUCCUAUAUAGACAUUUGAUCCUCAGGAAAAUCAAGGUCGUUUGACAUUAUUUACAAAAAAACAGUCAAGUAGCCAAAUAUCACGCACUAAGUAAGUUGAAAUAAUAUGUGUUAUCAUUGCAUAGCAGCCUACCACAGGGUACUUAUUUUUAUUUUCAUUUAUUCCAUUAUGAAGGUGCAGUCAUCAAUAAUAUUUUAAUUAUAUAAUUUACAUUAAUAAUAAGUUUUAUUAUUUUUGCCGUAAGUACACCAGUAGUUGGAUUCCUUUAGUAAAAAUAUAAAAUAGUUGUAAUUGUUGUAGGUACAUACAUAUAACGAAGUAAUAAUUUUUAAAUAGAUGUUUGGCGUGAACUGUUUUUAACCAACUGCGGGAAGGCAUAUGGACUUUGAUUUUAGCAGUAGGUAUGUAUAAUAUUUGUGUCCGUUUCUGGCAAAACAUUCCACUUUGUCGAUAUGGAGUUAUAGUAGUUUCUAAAAUUACAUAAUAUUAAGCUAUCUAUAGUGAAUGGAUCAAGUCUCUAUGUCUGAUAAAUAUAUUUUUUAAUGUUUAAAUUUGCAUGGGUGAAAAAGUAACAACGAAUUUCUCCGUUCCAAUAGUUAAAGUGUAGAACGAAAAAAUAACACACGAGUACUUUGAAGUUAAGAAGUGGUUGAUACAUGGUUGAUAUCAAAGUAAUCUGCAUUCUUUCAGGAUCCUAAAUUUAGCAAAAUCAUAUCAUAAAGUUUAGCCUAAACAUAAAAAUGUAAGGCAAAAAUCUGAUUGUGAAUAUCGUUUUUUUUAUAUAAUUGAUACAUGAUACUCUGUUUUUUCAUUUAAGUUAUAUUUAUACAUGUUUUCUAAAGAUAUAAAUAUUCAUUUAAUUAGUCAUUAUAUUGAA